AUGCCAGAACAUCAUGACAAUAUCAUCCAAUUCAAGAAUUGGCAGAAUCAGCUUGAAUGCCCAUUCAUCAUAUAUGCGGAUGUGGAAGCGCUAUUGAAAGUACCUGAAGUGCAAGUUUUCAAAGGCAAAAAGCGUGAAAUUGCGGCUUAUCAGGAGCAUGAAGUUUAUAGCGUCGGGUAUUAUUUUAAAUGUUCUUUUGACGAGUCGAAAUCAUUUUAUGCGAGUAAACGUGGUCCCAACUGCAUCGAUUGGUUUGUAGACCAGAUGAAAACUGCUGCUGAGUUUGCCGCCAAACAUCUCAAUAAUAUAAUUCCAUUGAAUAUGACGGCUGAACAGGAACAACGUUUUCAAAAUGCGCAAACUUGUCACAUUUGUGAAAAACAAUUUGAUUCCGAUUCCAUAAAAGUGAGGGAUCAUUCCCAUUUGACGGGGGAAUUUCGCGGUGCUGCACACCAAGAUUGUAAUUUGAAUUACGUGGAAAAUCGUGCUAUUCCGGUAGUUUUUCACAAUUUGACUGGCUAUGAUUCGCAUUUUCUGCUACGCAAACUAGCCAAUGGUUUUGCGGGUGAUAUGCAGAUUAUACCAAUCAACACGGAAAGCUGGGAAAAACUAAAUGACACAUCGCUGCCGUCCAAAGAGGCUUUCCAUAGUACAUUGACCGACAGUCCGAUUACUGAUAAAGAUUACGAUUUCGCGAAAGAGGUGUGGGAUAAAUUUAAUAUAAAAGACUUAGGUGAAUAUUCCGACCUCUACUUAAAGACUGAUGUGCUGUUAUUGGCUGAUGUGUUUGAAAAUUUCCGUAAAACAUGCCAUACAAUUUAUAAAUUGGAUCCAGCGAACUACUAUACAGCUCCUGGACUUUCUUUCGACGCCAUGUUGCGAUAUACAAAUGUCCAACUUGAACUCUUUACAGACAUCGAUAUGCUCAUGUUCGUUGAGCGUGGAAUUCGUGGUGGCAUAAGCCAAUGUAGUACGCGUUACAUUCAAGCAAAUAAUAAAUUCAUGGAUAAUUAUAAUGAAAAUAAAGAGAGCAGCUACAUCAUGUAUCUCGACGCCAAUAACUUAUAUGGCCAUUCGAUGAUGCAGCAUUUACCACAUAAUAAUUUUCAAUGGUCUGACGCUAAAUUUGAUCGAGAGACAAUUCUGAAUCUUAAAGAUGAUGAUGAUAUUGGCUAUGUUUUCGAAGCAAAAAAAGGUGUAAAGAAAUUGCUCUUGACACUUUACGAUAAAAAAAAUUAUGUGAUCCACUACAGAAUGCUGAAAUUGGCUCUUCAGCAUGGAUUAGUUUUGAAGAAAGUGCAUCGCGCCCUGCAGUUCAACCAAACAGCAUGGCUCAAGCCCUACAUUCAGCUGAACACGGAAAUGAGAACGCGAGCUACUAAUGAUUUUGAAAAAAAUUUCUUCAAACUUCUCUGCAAUGCUAUUUUUGGGAAAACCAUGGAAAAUCUGAGAUCUCGCGUUGAUAUAAAACUGAAGUCGCGGUGGGGUGGAAGAUGUGGAGCACGUAUGCUCAUAGCGAAACCGAAUUUCAAGCGACGUACAAUUUUUGAUGAAGAUUUGGUCGCCGUCGAGCUGAAAAAAACGAGUUUGUUAAUGAAUAAGCCGAUUGUGGUGGGUCUCGCGAUAUUGGACGUAUCCAAAGUCGUUAUGUAUGACUUUCACUAUAACUUUAUGAAGCCUAAAUACGGCGAUAACGUGGAAUUGGCCUACACCGACACUGACUCAUUCAUAUAUAAAAUCCGCUGCGAGCACUUUUAUGAUGAUAUGAAACAACAUUUAGACAAAUUCGACACCAGCGAUUACAAAGAGAAUAAUCCAUACAACAUGCCCCGCGUGAACAAGAAGAAGCCUGGUCUAUUUAAGGACGAGUUGAAUGGCGAAAUUAUAGAGAAAAAGAUAGGUCUACGUAGCAAAAUGUAUUGUGUUCGAACGAAGAAAGACAAAAUGAAAAAAGCAAAGGGAGUAAAAAAAUAUAUCAUAAGUAAAGAGAUUAAAUUUAAGCAUUAUUAUGAAUGUUUGAUUAAAAAUUGUGCUAUUAUCAAAAAACAAAAUUCAUUCCGCACUAUGUUGCAUAAGAUGUAUAGCAUUACACAGGAGAAGGUAGCUCUUAGUCAUAAUGACGAUAAGAGAUAUGUUCUGCCUGAUAACGUUGAAACUCUCGCAUGGGGGCAUUAUAGAAUAAGUGAAUUAAAUUCGAUUGAUAAGAUCAUUUUAAAAUGA